AUGGAGCUUGCGCGAUCAUCGCGAUGCGUAGCCGUGCGCGCGUCUACCAGUGGAAUGUGCGUACUUUUCGUUCUCGCAGCUUGCGCAUCGCUCGUGAUACGACCGGUAAAAGCAUUCCGGUACGGGAACAAUGGUGAUCGCAACUCCUUCCUAGGACCUUUCGGUUCUCAGGGCGAUAGGAAGUCAUCUUACGAGGAUUCGGGAUUCGUCUCACAUGCUUUCGACCAUGAUUUCAGAUUGGAUAUGCUUCCGGGGAGAGAGGCAGGCUGCAAUGUGGAGAACAAUAUGGACGUCAGCAGUCGUAUAACCUCGGCGCUGGUACAAGGGAUCGCAAACCUUCUGGGCUUCCCUCACAAGAGGCCACCUACGGCUCUGGGCAUGCUUGCAACCGCGUCACCUGCUUACGGCAGUCUAUACAACUCUGGUGCAGAAAAUAAGCAUGAUAUGGCUUUGCAGAUGAUCGGUCAUGGCAAUGGGCACACUCUUGAUUCCGAGGAUUUCACAGACAAGGCCUGGGAGGCCGUAAGCUCAUUGGGUGAUGUGGCCAACCGCUACAAAUCCUCAUUCGUCGAAGCUGACAUGCUCUUGUUGAAUUUACUCAACCUUGGGGAGGAAUCUACUUGUUAUAAAAUACUGCAACAUGUAGGUGUUGACGUUUCUAAAAUGCGUGAAGACCUCGAGGCCCACCUCUCAAAGCAGCCACGCAUGUCAGGGGGCUUCGGUGACCAGAAGGUCCUAGGGAGGACGCUACAGAAUGUAUUAACAGUGACUCGGAGGUUCAAGUCGGAGUAUAACGAUCACUUCAUCAGCGUCGAGCACCUGCUCCUCGCACUCGCUUGCGAGGACACCAAGUUUACCAAGCCUUGGUUAGCGCGACAAAAGGUCACGUAUGAGAAGCUAAAGAAGGCGGUGGAGGCAGUACGAGGAAAACGCAAAGUUACUUCUAAAAAUCCCGAAAUGGCAUUGGGCGCGCUGGAAAAGUAUAGCAAGGACCUCACCCUGAUGGCUAAAAACGGAAAACUUGAUCCAGUCAUAGGACGAGACAACGAGAUCCGCAGAACUGUCGAAAUUCUUAGCAGGCGAACAAAGAAUAAUCCCAUUUUGCUAGGAGACCCAGGUGUUGGCAAAACAGCGAUUGCCGAGGGCUUGGCUAAUCGAAUAGUCUCCGGUGACGUGCCCGACUCCCUAAAGAACACACGUGUCAUAUCGAUCGACCUGGCGUCCAUAGUGGCUGGAACUCAAUACCGAGGAGAGUUCGAAGAGCGACUUAAGGCUAUUCUGAAGGAAGUCCAAGAGUCACAGGGCGAGAUCAUUAUGUUCAUUGACGAAAUCCACUCUCUGGUGGGAGCUGGAGACGGUCAAGGCGCGCUUGACGCAGGAAACAUUCUGAAACCUAUGCUCGCGCGUGGAGAAUUGCGUUGUAUUGGCGCAACAACUCUGCAGGAGUAUAAGAGAAUCGAAAAGGAUAAGGCUUUGGAGCGUCGGUUCCAACCUGUGUACGUCGAUCAGCCAAGCGUCGAGGAGACUAUCAGUAUCUUACGCGGCCUCCGGGAGCGCUACGAGGUGCACCAUGGAGUGAGAAUUCUCGACUCCGCACUUGUAGAGGCCGCCCAGCUCAGCGACCGAUACAUAACUGAUCGAUUUUUACCGGACAAGGCCGUCGACCUCGUGGACGAGGCGGCAGCAAGACUGAAAAUUCAAUUGUCCAGCAAACCGAUCCAACUUGAUGUUAUCGAGCGCAAGCUCUUGCAGCUUGAGAUGGAGCGAAUCUCAAUAUCCAAUGACGGAGGGCGCGACCAGGCCCAAAGCAACGCAGUAGGGAUUCUACCGGAAAGUGCAAGACAAAAAUCCAUACCGGAAAAUAGGAGGAUUGAGCGCAUCCAAAAGGCGGUGGAGAAGUUGCAGGCAGAGAAAGAUACACUAACGAAUGCGUGGCUGCAAGAAAAGGGGCUCGUAGAUGCAAUUCGUAACAUCAAGGAGCGGCAAGAUGUUGUCAAGGUUGAAAUUGAAAAGGCUGAGCGCGAAUUCGAUCUCAACCGCGCCGCGGAACUCAGAUUCGAGACGCUACCCGAUCUGGACAAGCAGCUCGUACAAGCCGUGGAGGCAUAUGAAGCUCACGCUAAGAAUGUUCUAUCAACAGGUGGUCAAUUGAUGCUUCGUGAUGAGGUGUCUCGCGAAGACGUCGCAAGCGUUGUCUCUCGCUGGACUGGCAUUCCCGUUGAACGCCUUGUGAGGUCGCAGCGUGAGAAGAUGCUUCAUCUGGCGACCGAACUCCGCAAGAGAGUUAAAGGUCAAGAUGAAGCCAUUGACAUAGUGACUAGGGCGAUUCAGCGAUCCCGUGUGGGCAUGAGCGACCCCAAGCGACCCAUUGCCAGUUUUAUGUUCCUAGGUCCGACGGGUGUGGGGAAGACUGAACUGUGCAAGGCGGUUGCAGAGCAAUUGUUCGACACGGACGAAUCAAUUAUCCGAUUUGACAUGUCAGAGUAUAUGGAAAAGCAUACUGUCUCCAAACUGCUAGGUGCACCCCCGGGAUACGUAGGAUACGAGAGAGGCGGGUUGCUGACAGAUGCUGUCCGCAGAAGGCCAUACUCCGUCGUCCUUUUCGACGAAAUAGAGAAGGCGCACCCUGACGUAUUCAACAUCAUGCUCCAGAUGCUCGACGAUGGAAGGCUGACCGACUCAACGGGACGGAAGGUGAAUUUCACUAACUGCCUCAUCAUUUUCACGUCGAACCUUGGCAGCCAAAAUAUUCUGGAGCUGGCCAAGACCCCUGACAAGAAAGCCGAAAUCAAGAACAAGGUGAUGCAGGCGGUUAGACAGACCUUCUCCCCCGAGUUCCUCAACCGUAUGGACGAAUUUGUUGUUUUCAAUGCGCUCUCAAAGGAAGAGCUGAAAUCUAUUGUAGACAUUGAACUUGGAAAGCUAGCAGAUCGCCUUGCUGAGAAAAACAUAAAGUUGGCCGUCGACAACGAGGCCAUCCUCCACAUCGCAGAGUUGGGUUACGACCCAGCGUACGGCGCGCGGCCGAUAAGGCGCACCAUUCAGAGGGAGCUGGAAUCUAAAAUCGCAAAGGACUUACUGGAGGACGCGUGUAGGGAGAACGAUGUGCUAAGAGUAAAGUACGACGGAAGCCUGAAAAUAGAGGUCUCACGCGAAUAA